AUGUCUCUUGCCGAGCGGGUUGACGUCGCUUCGCUAAUCGAUUCGAUCCUGAAACAACGCAUCAUGGUCCUCGAUGGCGGCAUGGGCACCAUGAUUCAGGCCUGCAAGUUCACCGAAGACGACUUCCGCGGCGAACGCUUCGCAAGCCACCCCAAGCCCCUGAUGGGCUGCAACGACCUGCUGGCAAUCACCCAGGCCGAAGAGAUCCAGCGUAUCCAUCGCGAAUACCUCGAAGCCGGCGCCGACAUUGUCGAGACGAACACUUUCAACUCGACCAACAUCUCGAUGGCCGACUACGACAUGCAGCCGUAUGUCCGCGAUAUCAACAUCGCCGCGGCCCAGUGUGCCCGUCGUGCCGCCGAUGAAGUAACGGCCCGCGAGCCCGAGCGUCCCCGUUUCGUCGCCGGGUCGAUCGGCCCCACCAACCGCACAGCUUCGCUCUCGCCCGACGUGAACGACCCCGGUAAGCGGCUGGUCACCUAUGACGAACUGGUCGACUCCUACUACGAACAAAUCGCGGCCCUGGUCGAAGGUGGCGUCGAUCUGAUCUUCCCCGAGACCAGCUUCGACACCCUCAACAUGAAGGCCUGCCUGUUCGCCAUUGAGAAGUUCUUCGAAGACGAACAAAUACGCCUGCCCGUGAUGGUCUCGGCCACCAUCACCGAUCGAAGCGGCCGCACGCUUUCCGGCCAAACGCUCGAGGCCUUCUGGAACUCGAUCUCGCACGCCAACCUGCUCAGCGUCGGGCUCAACUGCGCUUUGGGCCCCGAGUUGAUGCGACCCUACGUCGAAGAGCUAUCGCACAUCGCUCCCGUGUACGUUAGCUGCCACCCCAACGCCGGGCUGCCCAACGAAUUCGGCGGCUACGACGAAACCCCCGAGCAAAUGGCCAAAACCCUCGGCGAGUUCGCCGAGAACGGCUGGCUGAAUAUCGUGGGCGGCUGCUGCGGCACCACGCCGGCCCACAUCGGGGCCAUCGCCAAAGCCGUGCAGGGCAAAAAGCCCCGCGCCAUCCCCAAGCUCGAAUCCUACUCUCGCUACAGCGGGCUGGAACCGCUCACGGUCCGUCCCGAGACCAACUUCGUGAUGAUCGGCGAGCGAACCAACGUGGCCGGCUCGAAGCGGUUCGCCCGACUGAUUCGCGACGAACAAUACGACGAUGCCCUGGCCGUGGCCAAAGAACAAGUCGAGGGCGGCGCCAACAUCAUCGACGUGAACAUGGACGAAGGCAUGCUCGACAGCGAGCAGGCCAUGACUAGGUUCUUGAAUCUUAUCGCCUCCGAGCCCGAGAUCUGCCGCGUGCCGAUCAUGAUCGACAGCUCGAAGUGGACGGUGCUCGAAGCCGGGCUCAAGUGCGUUCAAGGCAAAGCCAUCGUCAACUCGAUCAGCCUCAAGGAAGGCGAAGCAGACUUCCUCGAGAAGGCCAAGCUCGUGCAUCGCUACGGAGCGGCCGUCGUCGUCAUGGCGUUCGACGAGACCGGUCAAGCCGUAACUACCGAGCACAAAGUGAGCAUCUGCCAGCGAGCCUACAAGCUGCUCACCGAACAAGUCGGCAUGGACCCGACCGACAUCAUCUUCGACCCCAACAUUCUCACCGUGGCCACCGGCAUCGAAGAACACAACGACUACGCCGUGUCGUUCAUCGAAGCCACCCAGCAGAUCAAAGGAACCUGCCCGGGGGCGAAGGUCUCCGGCGGUGUGAGCAACGUCUCGUUCUCCUUCCGCGGUAACGAAGUGCUUCGCGAAGCCAUUCACGCGGCGUUCCUCUACCACGCCAUCAAGGCCGGCCUCGACAUGGGCAUCGUCAACGCUGGCCAGCUUGCCAUUUACGAAGACAUCCCGGCCGAGAUGCUCGAACGCAUCGAAGACGUGCUCUUCAACCGCCGCGAAGACGCCACCGAGCGGCUCGUCGAGUUCGCCGAAACCGUCAAAGGCGAAGGACGCCGCAAAGAGGUCGACCUUUCCUGGCGAGAAGCGCCCGUCGAGAAGCGACUUUCCCACGCCCUGGUUCACGGCAUCGUCGACUUCAUCGAAGCAGACACCGAAGAAGCCCGGCAAAAGUUCCCCACCUCGCUCGAAGUGAUCGAAGGCCCACUGAUGGACGGCAUGUCGAUCGUCGGCGACCUGUUCGGCGCCGGGAAAAUGUUCCUUCCGCAGGUGGUCAAAAGCGCCCGGGUAAUGAAGAAAUCAGUCGCCUACCUGUUGCCGUUUAUGGAGGCCGAAAAAGAAGCCUCCGGCGAAGCCGCCGCCGCGCGAGGAAAAAUCCUGCUCGCUACGGUUAAAGGCGACGUGCACGACAUCGGCAAGAACAUCGUCGGCGUGGUGCUCGGCUGCAACAACUACGAAAUCAUCGAUCUCGGCGUGAUGGUGCCUUGCGAGAAAAUUCUCGAAGAAGCCGUCAAACACGGGGUCGACAUGAUCGGCCUCUCGGGCCUCAUCACCCCCAGCCUCGACGAAAUGGUUCACGUGGCCGCGGAAAUGAAACGCAGCGGCAUGAACAUUCCGCUGUUGAUCGGCGGAGCCACCACCAGCGCCAAACAUACGGCCGUGAAGAUCGCCCCCGUGUACGAUCACCCGACCGUGCACGUGCUCGAUGCCUCCCGCAGUGUCGGCGUGGUCGAUCAAUUGAUUCAACCGAAAACCCGCGAUUCGUUCGUCGAAAACUACCGAGCCGAGCAGGCCAAGCUGGUCGAGGCCUUUAAUCGCCGGCACCAGGUGAAGCUGGUUUCUUAUAAAGAGGCCCAGGAGAAACGCUUCCCCACCGACUGGUCCACGGUUCGUAUCGACACCCCCAGUUUCCUCGGGGUCCGCACGGUCCAACUCGAUCCGCUCAACGAACUGCUCGACUACAUCGACUGGUCGCCGUUCUUCAUGGCCUGGGAACUCAAAGGCAAAUACCCGGCCAUUUUCGAAAACGAAACGUUCGGGAAAGAAGCUCGCAAGCUAUACGACGACGCGGUCAAGUUACUCGACCGCAUCGUCAGCGAGAAGCUGCUGCAGGCCAAGGGCGUCUACGGGUUCUGGCCCGCAACUUCAACCGGCGACGAUAUCAUCCUCUACACAGACGACGACCGCACCACCGAACUCACGCGUCUGCACACGUUGCGGCAACAGUGGGAACGCAAAGGCACCACGCACUACAACGCCUUGGCCGACUACAUCGCCCCCGUCGAUAGCGGUCGCAAAGACUACAUCGGCGCCUUCGCCGUAACCACGGGCAUCGGUUGCAACGAACUCGUGCAAAAGUACGACGCCGACCACGACGAUUACAAUUCGAUCAUGGUCAAAGCACUGGCCGAUCGUCUGGCCGAGGCCUUCGCCGAGCGGAUCCACAAAACCGCCCGCGACGAAUGGGGCUACGGUGCCGAAGAGUCGCUGACCAACGACGAACUCAUCGCCGAGAAGUACCGCGGCAUUCGUCCCGCCCCCGGCUAUCCCGCUUGUCCCGACCACACCGAGAAACGCUUGGUGUUCGACUUGCUGAACGCCGAACAAGAAACCGGCAUCAAUCUAACCGAGUCGUUCGCGAUGGAUCCGGCCGCUUCGGUCAGCGGGCUCUACUUCGCCCACCCCGAAGCCCGCUACUUCGCCGUGCACCACGUUAGCCGCGACCAAGUGGAGAACUACGCCAAGCGGAAGGGAAUGCCGCUGGCCGAGGUCGAGCGUUGGCUCUCCCCUGUGCUUAGAAUGGUCGGCACCCUCAGGGCUGCCGAGAAAAUUGAGCCCGCAACACCUUGGGAAGAACAGCGUGGCUAUCAACUUUUAAUCACCCGGCAGUUCACCCAGCCCGACAUGGAUCCAGAGUUGUUCGAGAACCUCUGGCAAUCGUGGGAAGAACCCCUGCGGACCGAGGCCGAAAAGGCCACGCCUGAAGAACGUCGCAAAAUGACGCUCACCCGCUACGGCCUCACCGAAGCCCCGGGCCGUGAGGGCGGCGCACCUUUACAGUAUGCCACCGAUGGCACCAACGGCUGGUCGACCAACUGCUUCUCCUGCCACGGCGGUAAGGUAGGCGGAGAAGUCAUUCCCGGUCUGCCCAACACCCACAUCGCGCUGGAAACGCUGGCUUACGACACCCUCAAGACCAAGAAAAUCAUCGGUCGUGAAGUUUCGGCCUUCGAGUCGGCCGGCCUUUCGUUCAUCCCCUUGGGUAAAUCCAACGGAACGACCAACGCCAUCAUCUUUGGCGUGGUGUUGGCCGCCUAUCGCGACAAAGAUCUCAAUGUCGACGUCAACAAACCACUGCCUAAGCUCGUGCACAACGAUCACGACGCCCCGCCGUGGUGGAACGUAAGCCUGAAGAACUUCCUCUACUCCGAUGGUUUCGCCGGCAAAGGCCACCGCGCUUUCAUGCAAUUCAUGAUGACGCCUUCCAACGGCCCUGAAGCGUUCCACGAAGCCGAAGCCGACUUCAAAGAAAUCUACGAGUGGGUACUCAAUCUCGAAGUUCCCAAGUAUCCCCACGAAAUCGACGAAGCCCUCGCCAAGAAGGGCGAGAUCGCCUUCAACAACAACUGCGCCGAUUGCCACGGCACCUAUGGCGAGAACCAGGAAUGGCCCGAGGUGAUCGUGCCGCUGGAAGACGUGGCCACCGAUCGUGCCCGCCUCGAUUCGCUCACCCCGGAAAUGCGGGCCAGCUACGAGAUGGGUUGGUUCUCGAAUUACGGCGAAAAGAAGUCGAUCAUCGAUCCCGGUGGAUAUGUUGCCCAACCCCUCAACGGUAUUUGGGCCACCGCCCCGUACCUGCACAACGGAUCGGUCCCCACGCUGUGGCAUAUGCUUCACCCUGAAGAACGCCCUGUCGUGUGGAAGCGAACCGAAGACGGCUACGACUCAGAUCGGGUUGGCCUCGAAGUGACCGAGUACGAGAAGAUGCCCGAGAGCGUCAACAGCGGAGUCGAACGUCGCCAAUACUACAACACCCGCGUCUUCGCCAAGAGUCCUGAAGGGCACUUGUAUCCCAACCAGUUGACCGAAGACGAAAAGGCGCAGGCGUUUCGCUCGGUGGCGUUACGCAUUCUCGUAAUCAGUAUGCAGACCAUGACUCAGCUCGAAGCGGCACGCGCCGGCCAGAUCACGCCCCAAAUGGAAUAUGUCGCCGCUCGCGAAAACCUCGCGGUGGAGACCAUUCGCGACGAAGUUGCCGCGGGCCGGAUGGUCAUUCCUGCCAACGUCCACCACCUCGAGAAGCGGCUCGAGCCGAUGUGCAUCGGGGUCGCCUCGCUCACCAAAAUCAACGCCAACAUCGGCAACUCGGCCGUCACCAGCAACUUGGAAGAAGAGCUGGAAAAGCUGCACGCCGCCGUGCACUUCGGGGCCGACACGGUGAUGGACCUUUCCACCGGCAAGAACAUCAACGCCAUCCGCCAGGCCAUCAUCGAUAACUCGCCCGUGCCCAUCGGCACCGUGCCCAUCUACCAGAUGGUGCAAGAGAUCGACGACAUCGUCGACAUGAAGCCGCAACAAUUCCUCGACAUGGUCGAGCACCAGGCGAAGCAGGGCGUCGAUUACAUGACGAUCCACUGCGGCGUUCUCCGCGAACACCUCGGGCUGACCACCAAGCGCGUCACCGGCAUCGUCAGCCGCGGCGGUUCGCUCAUGGCCAAGUGGAUGAUGGCCCACAACGAGCAGAACCCGCUGUACACGCACUUCGACGACCUGUGCGACAUCAUGCGUCCCCACGAUGUGACCUGGAGCCUCGGUGAUGGUCUCCGUCCCGGCUGCCUGGCCGACGCCAGCGAUGCUGCCCAAUUCGCCGAACUGGAAACCCUCGGCGAGCUGACCCAAAAGGCCUGGGACCGCGGUUGCCAAGUGAUGGUUGAAGGACCGGGUCACGUGCCGAUGGAUCAGAUCGACAUGAACGUCAAGAAGCAGAUCGAAGUCUGCAAGGGCGCUCCGUUCUACGUGCUCGGUCCGUUGGUCACCGAUAUCGCCCCCGGGUAUGACCACAUCACCAGUGCCAUCGGUGCGGCUUUAGCCGGAUGGAGCGGAGCCGCCAUGCUCUGCUACGUCACGCCGAAGGAACACCUGGGUCUGCCCGAUCGGGACGACGUUCGCCAAGGUGUCAUCGCUUACAAGAUCGCCGCGCACGCCGCCGACGUGGCCCGUCACCGCGUUGGUGCCCGCGAUCGCGACGAUGCCCUUAGUAAGGCUCGCUUCGAGUUCGACUGGAACGAGCAGUUCCGUCUCUCGCUCGACCCCGAGACGGCCCAACGCAUGCACGACGAAACCCUGCCGCAAGACACCUUCAAAAGCGCGCAUUUCUGCAGCAUGUGUGGCCCCAAAUUCUGUUCGAUGAAGAUCACCGAAGAUAUUCGUCGCAUGGAGCAGGAGAAUCAGGUCGUGCAACUCGGCGGCGAGCAAAACGAAUCAUCGUCCCAACCCACGGGCCCCGAAUCCGCCCCCAAUGACCAGGGCGGCGGUACCCGGCGCGAGAUUUUCGCCUGGGCGAUGUACGAUUGGGCCAACAGCGCCUAUUCGACGAUCCUCAUCACCAUCAUCGUCGGGUACUUCAAAUACGUCGUGCUCCCCGGCAAGGCCGGCACCAUCGCCUACGGCUAUGGUAUCGGUAUCUCGAUGCUUUUCGCCGCACUGCUUUCCCCCAUCGUCGGCGCCAUCGCCGACGCCAGGGCCACCAAGCAUCGCUGGCUCACCGUGCUCGCACUCGGUGGUUCGGCAUUUGCCGUGCUGAUGGGUCUGCUGCCCCCCAGCCAGCCUGUCGCCAUCGUGGCGGCCUUCUUCAUCAUGAGUUUGUUUUUCGAACUCUCCCUCGGAAUCUACAACGGCUUCCUGCCCGAGAUCUCCACAGAAGAAACCGUCAACCGCAUCUCCUCCUGGGGCUUCGCCCUCGGCUACAUCGGUGGGGCCAUCCCCCUCAUCCUCGCCUUGCUCAUCGUGAUGAAGGGCGGCAUGUUCGGUCUCCCCGAUGCCGACAGCCGGCACGGCGACUACAACGACACCGCCGACGGCACCUUCGCCGUCGAACUCCCCGACGGCAACUACGAGGUCGAAGUCACCCUCGGCGACGCCGCAGAAAUGCGUGGGCCUGUGGCCGUCUCACUGCAAGGCCGCCAGGUCGACACUGUCGAAACCGUCGCCCAUGAAUUCAAAACCCACACCUAUCCGGUCGAUGUUUCAAAUGGCAAGCUAACCCUCGGCCUCAAAGCCCUUGGCGACGAGCGAGGCCGGGCCGCCAUCAACUCACUGUCCAUCCUUCCAACCGGCAGUAAGAAACCCGUGGCCGCCUUCGAUUUCGGCACUGCGGGCUCUUCCGGCACCGAAGGCUACGCCUGGGUCACGGCCGACGACAAGUUCGGCCCGCACGACUACGCCAAACGCGUUUCCAGCACAGCCGUCGACGCUCGCAAAGAGCCCCCGCCGUCCGACCUCCCCGUGUCGCUCACCUACGGUUGGGCCUCAGGCAAAAUCAUCAGCUACGACUCCAUCGUGCCCAUCCGUCUGCAAAUCAGCAUCAUCAUGAUGGGCCUGUGGUGGGGAAUCUUCAGCUUGCCCACGGUUCUCAUCCUCCGCGAUCACGGCCACGCCGCGCAAGUGCUCGAUGAAAAGACCCCCGGCUCGGUCCGCUCGAUGACUUGGGCCGAAACCGCCAAGUUGGGCGUGUCGAAAGUCGCCUCGACCCUCAGCAAGGUGCGGCACUUCCGCACGCUGUCAAUCUUCCUGGUCGCCUUUCUGGUCUACAACGACGGCAUUCAAACCGUUAUCAGUCAGGCCUCGCAGUUCGCCAUCGACAUGCUCAACAUGAGCACGCAGGAACUCACCGGCGUGGUGCUCAUGAUCCAGUUCCUCGCCAUACCCGGAGCACUGCUCAUCGGGCUGCUCUCCGACCGCUGGGGGCAGCAUCUAACCCUCAAGAUGUGCCUGGCCAUCUGGGUCGUGCUGUUGUGUUGUGCCUACUUCAUUAAUGCCAAGUGGCAGUUUUGGGCCAUGGGCGUGGUGCUGGCCAUGGUGAUGGGCGGCACCCAAUCGGUCAGCCGCGCGGUGAUGGCCUCGAUGACCCCCAAGGCCCAUACGGCCGAGUUCUUCGGCUUCUACAACUUCUCUGGCAAGGCCACCAGCUUCCUCGGCCCCAUCGUCUACAGCUCGAUCCAAGCCCAAACCGGCAGCCCCCGCCUGGCCAUCAUCAGCCUGCUGGCUUUCGUCCUGGUCGGCGGAGCCCUGGUCUACAAGCUCGACUUCAAACAAGGCCAACGCGAAGCCCAAGCCGCCGUAGAGAAAUAA